AUGGGGCGAACAUUGACAUAUCCCAAGCGGUCUUCCAACACUGUUAACCGCUACAAGCAUCGAGCCACUUAUGACUUGAAAGCAAUCCAUACCAUCAUCAAUUCGAGCCAGGUACUCCAUGUGUCUUUCUCACCUGGGCCCUCCGAUCCUUUCCCCGCAAUUCUGCCCAUGAUCGGGCAGAUGGGGUCGUUCGACUAUCCAUCGGCGGGCAUUGAUGAACCCUUGGACUGCUAUCUUCAUGGAUACGUCAGCUCACGGAUUAUGAAUUUGGCCCGGGACUCUGAGGGCGAUGGGUUGCCCAUUUGUGUCGCCGCCAGCAGAGUGGAUGGGUUAAUCCUUUCCUUAACGCCAAAUUCACACAGUUAUAACUACCGGUCCGCCGUAUUGCACGGAUAUGCCAAAUUGGUGACUGACGAAGCGGAAAAGCUCUACGCAAUGGAAUUAAUUACCAAUUCAGUACUCUCCGAUCGCUGGGAGCAUUCCCGGAUACCACCAGAUCGUGCAGAAAUGUCAUCCACUGUCAUCCUCAAGGUCAAAGUCGUCGAUGGUAGUGGCAAGAUCCGAGACGGUGGUGUCUCGGAUGAAAAGAAGGAUACAACGAACGAUGAGGUCACCGGCCGUGUCUGGACUGGUGUUGUGCCUGUUUGGGAGACAUUUGGAGAGCCCAUUCCAAGUCCUGAGAACAAAGUAAUAGAAGUGCCUGACUAUAUCACUCGGUUUGUCGCAGAUAAGAAUGAUCAAAAUCGGCGAUAUGCACAGGAGGCGGUUCAUAUUACACUCCCCCCUGAGGAACAGCAUUAG